GUGAAUCGGAAUGGUAAAAAACGGAACACAUUCAAAUUAAUCAUCAGUCAAGUAUCUCUUUGGUGUGUAGUGUAUCCUGGAUUUUUGUGCUUCUGUGUGUCCAUGGUUUGGGGUCCGGUCCAGUCAAGUGGCGAGCCGAGUGUCCAACUGUCCAGUCCAUACCAGUCAGUCAUAAAAAUAUCAGUGCUAGUGCAUUGUGCAUUUGUGCAUGAGCAUUGGUCAUAGGAUAGUAUCUAAGUAUCCAUUGUGUAUUGUGAUUAUUUGUUUUUCCUUAAGAAAAUACAAAUAAUAAAUAAUAAUCCAGGAUGUACAGCAUCAACAACACAACAAAAACAGGAAAACUCGAAGGAAAACUGAUGGCAACUAUGAAACCUUACCGGGAACUUAUUUUGCUGCUAAACCGUGUUUUGUUGUGGGAUAAACCAUGGUAUUCAACAGCAAUUUUGGCAGGUAGCAGCAUGGUAUUUACCAUGAUAUGGCUUUGGAACCCCAAUGUAAUGUCCAUUGUAGGCUUUAUGGGUAUAAUUGCAACUCUGCUGGAUUUCUUUCUGAUUCCGCUACAGUCGUUCCUAUUCAAGCGUCAAAUGUGGACUGAGGAAAAACAAAAGGAAUACCAGAGCAUUUGCACCAACGUGAUUUUCUAUAAAGUCAAUGCCGAACAGUUUAUGACUUCUUAUUAUAAAAUGAGAGUUACUAAACCAAAAAUGUACUUCACCAUCACAAUACUUGUUCUCUCCAUCUUGACCUGGCUUGGCGGAACUGUGGACAACAUUUUUCUCACCUACAUGGUCAUCACAUUUUUCCUAAUGAUGCCAGGCAUCCAGCGUCAGGGAUGGUUUGCUCCCAUCGUCAAACUGUUUUCGACAUGUGGAAUUGGAAUGCGGUUUAAGGUAGAGGAAGAUUAAAGCUUCAUUUAUUUAGGGUUAGUGAUUGGUUUUUAGUAGUAACCAAUAUAUAUUUGAUAGGAGCUGUUCAGUUGUCACUGUGCUUGACAAGGGAAUAAAAGUCAAAAUGCUAGUUUUGUAUUCAGCGUAAUGUAUAUUACUAGCUGCCUAGUAAGUAUUUUGACUUUUAUGCCCUGAAAAUAUAUAUUUGUUUCAUUUUUUUUAAUUUUAAAGUGUAUGUACCUAUAAAUUUAAGGAAUUCCUCAGCAGUGAUAUUGAUUUGUCCUUUCAGUUUAAUAUGGAAUUUGUUAAAAAUAUUUUUUUUUUUAGCAUCUCAAUUUUGGCUUGCUCCCAUUGUGAAACAUUUCUUCCAGGUUUUCAAUAAGUAGAUUGAAAUACGAAAUUAAAGUUGGAGCGAAAGAAAGAUUGAGGUUGCUAUUAUUUAACUUAGUGAUUGGUGUUUAGUAGUAACCAAUAUGAAUUUGUUUUUUUUUUUUAUUUCGUUCGUUUUUACGUUUGUUUUAAUAUUUAGUCCCUUUAUACACCGCUGCAACACGACUGCAAUUCAAUUAGUUAAAUUGCAACUGUAAUCAAAGUUGUGUUGUUCUAACAUUUGUUUAUUGAAGCAACCUGAUUAUCAGUUGAUGUAUGUAAUAAACAAAAAAAAAACAUCAAAAGUAAAUAAUGGGUUCACCACUUAAAAACGAAAUGUUUUUUUAAUGGUAGGAUAGCAAAUAGAUGAUCGCAGGUUUGAAGUUUUCUAUACAGUGUCAAAAAUAUUGUUUUCAUUUUGUUAAAUGUCUAAACCAUGCUUCUUUCUGCAAUGUCCUUCCAGUAAUCAUUUUAAUUAUAAUUAUAAUAACAUUCAUGUUGUCCAAUUGCCUGAACUAGCUUCAAGCAGAAGUCAUGCUCUGUAGCAUGCCAUACCAAUACCACAAAUACGAUUCAGAAGCAGAAGCAACUUCAGUCGCAGUCACAUUGUAGAGGUGAAUGAAGGGCCAUAAUGUGCUUAUUAUUAAUUUAAAGAAUUCGUGAGUGAUAUUGAUUUGUUAUAGACUGAAAUCUAUAAUUUAGUUUUGUACAGAAUUUCCUAAAAAUAAAUAGGUUUUUAUUUUUUAUGUAA